GCAGGUAACCCAGCUAAGUGUUCCUUCCUCACCCAUUUAUGGAAAAUUAACCAAGGCAGUAAUUGUUCAAUCACACAGACCAAAGCGCUGUUUUGAAGGCUGCAUGUGGGCAGGCUGUUUUGGCCAGCACUGAAAUGUACUUUGCUGGUGUUGGAUUACAUGGAGAGGAAGCAGUUGGUUAGUGAUGGGAGAAUCUUAUGUUAAGGUGGAACAUGCCCACACUGGUGGGUCAGGGGACGCUGUUGUCCGUUGGGACUGACAGCCACUCUACAUACUGCACACAUGGGGCUGAUGAAAGCAGCCUCCUUCAAUGAGGUCCACACAUGUCCAAUGAUCUGCUACCCUUUUAACAUGUCAUAAUUGAUCAGAAGCUAGGGGUGGAAAUGUCUUCAAAUGUUCAACUGAUUCUGCCACCAUCAUGGUUUUCACUGUUAUAGAUGCUGUUGUGCAUAGUCAAUUGGAUACAAAUUGGAAUGAAAAAGACUCUUGGAUGGGUUGACUAAUUGUCCAAAUAUGUUUCUUAUUGCUUGUAGUGCAAACAAUUGUGCUACAAUUUCUUCACCAAAAAAGCCUCUUGUCUUAUUUAGUUUGUAUUUAAAAACAUUUUACCUCGCAUUUGUUUUGAGUGUAUUUUUAUCUCUAUACUUUUCCAAUUUAGUUAGAAAUCUAUUGCUUUUAAACUAUCUACUGCAAUUGUUCUACUUGUCUGUGCUCUCCUCCCACUGUUUGUUUUUGGGUAAUGAGUUAAUUGCACCUGUAAGGUGUUCGCUAGUUCACACUGAGUCUGGAGUUGAAAGUUGUUUGUGGUUAUCCAUCAGCUAGCAGCAGAUGCCGUAGAUGCCUGGGCUCUUGGUGAGGCGCCAACGUCCCAUUGGCUUGGUGGCAGUGAGGCGGAACAGAGAUGAGUGACAGCCAGUGAGGAGGAGGAGAUGGAAAGAGAGGGCUGUCAUUAACUAGCCUGAUGGCCCACUGACAUGCUAAUAACCUCUGCCUUGAUUCAUCAUCACAUCAGACUAGCAUUUGAUGCCCUCAGAAGCACCUGGUGCUGUGGUCUGUACUAAAACUGUCUCAAUGUGCCAUGCUCCGAGUUAAUCAUUUUUACUGCUGCACAUUAGGUAUUUUGUAACAGCCCUAUCAUGGCUUUAUGAAAAGUCACAGAUUGCAAACCCAUAAAAAUUAGUUUAAAGAGUUGUUUAAAUGUUAAUUUGAUGAUUUGCUAGUUCAUGUGAAAGUGGACAGUGCAGGAAGGUGGGGGUGAGUCCUUGUCUCUCACUCACCCCUGGGAGGGGCCGCGAUGUGCCUCUACCUGCCCAGCACACCUGUCUUCCUCUCCUUAGAUCAUCUCGUCUUCCUCCACGCAUGAGUUGCACUUGGCCGGCGUGGAAAAAAUGUGGACCGGCUCUCGCCUCUCUUUUCCCCUGGCACUUUGAAGCCUAAAGUGUGAUUGCUCUUGGAUCGUGGCCGCUUUCCCUUGAACGUUUUGUCAUGAAAAGCAGGUUGGGCUCUCAGCUUUAUCCCAUAGCCAGUGAUCCAGAACUAAACCAAUCAGCCUGCUCUCUGCAGGAUACUCUUAGCAACCAGAGAGAGUGAGGCAUCGAGCAGAUAGGGGCUUCCUCUGCUCUAAAACACAUGUCCCUUUGUCUUCCCUGGAUGUGACAAACACAUCCAUCACAAUAAUUUAAUAAGAGACGGAAUUAAAUUCUACUGCCAUGCUUUGAUUUAAAGUUCAAGUUGGUCAAUAAGAGUAAGUGCAACCACAAGCAACCGAUGAUGAGAUAACCUUGCUGUGAUUUCAUAUGGCAUUAUUUUGACAAUUUGCAAUGAAUCGGAAAUAAAAAUGUGGAGUUUAGGUAGACCCUGUCUGAAAAAUCUGCCUGGCAUUCUGAAAAGUCAUUAGCAGCAGAGACAGUUAAGUGACAACCCUUAAGCUUCGCUUAUGCUCUCAUUAACAGUUGAUCUUAUCAGUGUUCAUUGCUGCUUAUUACAGACCGCAAAUUACACCAGCCAUAUGCACAGUCCCGUGACACCAACGAACAUCAUCCAUCUUCACAAGACAUUUGUCAGACCUUUAGUCGGAUGUUUUGAAGUGUCACUAAUGGGUGAGUAUUAAUGAUAUUGUGCGUUGUUCCCAAUCUCUGUCAUCUAAGUUCCUGUACUAACACAUCCACAGUUAAAUCUGAUAGUUGAGCCAGUUUCAAAGGUCCUUUAAAAAGAACAUUGAAGGCUUUUGUUAUGUAUGGUACAUGUAUUGCCUAACACUGCACUAACCUAAAGAGCUGCUCUUUAUGUUGGUCUUAUACUGCAGAGUAUUGGCAUUUCUCAUUUCAACAUUCCUUGUAUUGCUUCUCUUGUCCUCUUUGGAACUAUCCCUUUACAUUUACAUUUGUAAGCCAUAUAUACGAGCUCAAACAAGUCCAUUUCAAACUAGAGUCAGUAAUGGAAAAAGAGGCACAACAACGUUGGUGGGUUUUUUAAAUCCAUGGAGAUUGUGCAUUUUGCCCCCAAUGUUGAAUGCCCACUAAUGAUGCUGUGAUUUUUAUUGAAGCCUGCUGUGGAAUUCACAGGCUGCCAUGUGAUCCAGGGACCUGGGAAUACCUGAGAGACCAGUGAAGACUGGUGUGAGCCACUGCCAUUGUUGUCCUAAUGCCUCCUUCAAUUAUCCACAAGCAGCUCAUUUGUACACGAGCCCCUUACUGAUGGCUAAACCACCCCUGCUGUUUUUUCACCAAUUUCUCCCCUGAUUAGCUGGAUCAAUGGGCAUUAGAGGAACCCGGGACAGACCAAACACAGCAGGGAGAGGGGAUCUACUUUCAGACAUCCCAGAAAUCCCUCUGUCUACCUGUGUGCCAAGGACAAAUGGAACGGAGAUGGCCAUUCAGUAUUCAGUGCUAACCCACAUACAAUGUUUAUUUACCCACCCUUCAAACUAGACACUUUUAAUCUAUUUUCCUUUUUGCUUUAGAAAUGACAAAGCCAAGAAAUUACUGGGGGCUGCUGGAGCAGAGUGAACGUUGAUGCCUCAUUGUCGCACGCAUACACACGCACCAAUAAACAUGCUCACAGGUUCAUCUUAACAUAAAGAUUGUCCAGGUAUUUCUGAUGUUUGUCUAUUGACCUUUAUACCUGUGCGUAGGCUUUAUUUAGUGUUUGAACAGGUGUGGAUGAAAGCCCCACUGGAGAGGAGAGAGAGUUGCUGUCCUCUGACUAGACAGUGAUUCACCUUCCCCUGGUGUUGGGAGCAUGGCUUUGGCCAGAUGUCUCCUGCUGAUGUUCUGGAACUGAUCAAAGACAGUCAGUCCUCAUCAUGAUCAACUCAUCAGAGAUCCUUCAACACCGGGGCCACAGCUGGGCUGCUUGGGAAAGGUGUGGAUGAUCUUUAAGAGUAUGCACAGCAACGAGUCAGUCUGGGCCCACUGUGAGUCAUGUGACUGCUAAGGAAGGAGGAGGGAACAGCAGGAUAGGAGAGAGAACUUCACCAGACUAAGGUGAGACCCCCUUACCUGCUGAGUGCAGUCCUCUCUCGCCUCCCCACCCAUCACCUGCAUCUCACCUGAGCUCCUCCUGAGUCUCCAUGUCAACCUUCAUCUUAGGCAGCCUUCUGGAUCGAGAGUCAAUGUAUGGCUGAUGACUGCAAUUCAUCCCUCAGAAUUAAUGGUGGAAGAUUCUGUGACUUCUUUCAUUCUGGAUCUGGUGAUGUACUUCAUUAACAGCCCUAUUAUAUUUCACUGUGGUAAAGAAGCCUCAAGACUUGACCUCUGCUCCAUCUUGUGCCAACCUCAACAAGAAUGUUUACUCUGAUGUUGUGAAGUGCUCCUGAGAUACGUCCCAUUGUUUUGGUAUCAGACUGUCCCCUUUAUACCAGUGGAUUGACACUUAAGACUCUGGACUCCUCUAAGAGCUUUUGGAUAAUGUUUGGCCCUGGGCAGUUGGUCUCCACUCUUCUACCUGCAGUCUUCCACUCCUCCGCAGCUCACUUGUUCCCUGCGUUCCCCACCAGACUGGGCUCCCCUCCACAGAUCCUGAUCCCUGGGCCCCUGAUCAGCUAUGAGUCCCUGCGGAGUUACUUGCAACCAGAGCCCUGCAAAGAGGCUCUGUUCCUGGCCACACAGGCAGCUGGGAUGGGGCAGUUCACGGCCAGCAUGGAUGAACAGAGGCCAGUGAAGCAGCGUCGUGCGCGGGCCAACUACAGCAGCUGGCAGCUGGAGGAGCUGGAGAAGACCUUUGAGAACACCCACUACCCUGAUGUCUUCAUGAGGGAAGCUCUGGCCCUCAGACUGGACCUCAUCGAGGCCAGAGUGCAGGUGUGGUUUCAGAACCGCCGGGCUAAGAUGCGGAGGCAGCUAAAGUUACAGGGCCAGCUAGGAGAGCCAUUUCCCAGGAAGGACAAUGCCAAGGACACAACAACAGACAAACCCAAUAAGAGCUUACCGGAGCUAGGGAGCUCUGACGGCGAGCACUGGGAGAGGAGGCAGGAGAAAGGAAGCUAUCCCUGGACUAAAGUACCUCGUUCUGCUGUGAUGACCACCCCCAUACAGGGUAUGAUUCAGGGGCCAGCAGGGGAAUGGGAGGGGAUGGAGGGACCCAGUCCAGAAGAGUUCCGCUGCUGUAGCAUUGCCAAGCUGAGGGCCAAGGCCAGGGAGCACGAGGCUGAGAUCCAUAGCACUGUGGCCAGAUCAGGAGGAGGAGAGACAUCAGCACUGCAGACACAAACACAGAACACUGACGACAGAGAGAGCAACUGAUAUGGCUCUUUCUCUAUGCAUGGCUUUUGCAAACAGGUCCCGAAGACCUCAUCAUGGUUGAGGCAACUUGCCUAAAUACCCCAUCCUUGGUUUUAUUCAUUCUGUUAUUCAAUGAGGAUAUGAACUAACAUUUACAAAAGGUGCUGAUUUUUUUGUUUAAUAUUAUAUAAAUGUAUUGUGUUUUGAAAUGCCAUUAUUUUUCUGUACUGGACAUCUUUUUCUAUCAACAAUCACGCUAAACGUGUAUUUUAAAUGCUCAGACUAGGAAGAGGUGAAUAUAUAGUAUAUCCACAGCAACAUCUUAUAAAUAUAUAGUAUAUCCAUAGCAACAUCUUAUAAAUAUAUAGUAUAUCCACAGUAACAUCUUAUAAAUAUAUAGUAUAUCCAUAGCAACAUCUUAUAAAUAUAUAGUAUAUCCAUAGUAACAUCUUAUAAAUAUAUAGUAUAUCCAUAACAACAUCUUAUAAAUAAAUAGUAUAUCCACAGUAACAUCUUAUAAAUAUAUAGUAUAUCCAUAGCAACAUCUUAUAAAUAUAUAGUAUAUCCACAGUAACAUCUUAUAAAUAUAUAGUAUAUCCACAGUAACAUCUUAUAAAUAAAUAGUAUAGCCAUGGUAACAUCUUAUAAAUAUAUAGUAUAUCCAUAGUAACAUCUUAUAAAUAUAUAGUAUAUCCAUAGUAACAUCUUGACAUUUUAUCCUUAAUGUUUCUUUAUACUUUGGCUGAACAAUUUCAGUUUCUAUCAAGAACUAUCUUGAACUCUAGAACACAUGAGACAAAGAUGACAUUGUUUCACAUUCCCCACUCAGGUGGUUCAUUUUAUUUAACCUUUAUUUAUCCAGAUGAGUCAAUUCAGAAUAAAUUAUUAAAUUAACACAUUCAUGGUUUUUCACACCUAAAUAAAUCUGUGCACAAUACAUGUUAAACUCAGACAUGCAGUCCUGACCUUCAUCCAUCACCUCAGGGUCUUUAGAUAUUCUGCUGUAUUACUGGUGACUAAAUGCUCUUACAUUAGCCAUCAGAUUAGGGUCAAAUUAAGAGGAAACGCUCUGAUGACUUCUCAAUGACCUCAUCGAUGACAAGCCCAACCCUGGCCGGGGCUAUCCUGUUACCUUCACUGCAGACCGAGAGGCAGGAUGUCUGCGUGCUGCCACAGGCCCUCGUAGGAAACAAUGGAAGUGGCUGAAAAAUGACUGGCCCCAAUGACAGGAACGCUUUCUGAGGAUUACGAGCCAAAUACAUGUUGUUUUUUGCUGAGAAAGAUGAACUUUUUACAACAGUGCUGUCAUUUAAAUACAUCAGAGAGGCUAUCA